CAAACUUCUCUAGUAAAAAAUCUGAGAUAGUGCCCCUUUAAAAGGAAGGUUUGCUUCAGGAAGUCUUGAAAUGUUUAGAGAAGCAAUGGAAGUCUGGGUUUGCCCAAGAUGAAAACUGGAAAUGGCCGCUAACUGUAGCUUGAUAGUUGCAAAGCUGUUGAUGACUCCCUGCUGGGUGAGGAACGUAAAUCUACAUUUUCUUGCCUGUAACCUUGAUGUAAGAAUGACACUAAAUGACAGCAGCAGUUCUAAACAAAGCGGAUAUGUUCCUCACUAUAUACUUCAUCAGGAUCCCUUUGCUUCUAAACUUUCCUGGGAAGCCGACAUAAUAGCUGCAUUAUACUUAGUAAUUAUAGGGGUCCUUUCAACACUGGGAAAUGGAUAUGUGCUUUUAAUGGCAUUCAGACAAAAGAAGAAGCUGAAGCCUCCUGAAAUUAUGACAUCUAAUCUGGCGCUCUUUGAUUUUGGGAUUUCAGUUACAGGAAAACCGUUCCUCAUAAUUUCUUGCUUUCUUCAUCGAUGGGCUUUUGGCUGGGCAGGCUGUAGGUGGUAUGGAUGGGCUGGAUUUUUCUUUGGCUGUGGUAGCCUAGUCACCAUGACAGUUGUCAGCCUGGAUAGAUACCUGAAGAUAUGCCACCUUCGUUAUGCUACCUGGAUACAAAGGCACCAUGUAUUCAUCUGUAUGGCUUUAGUUUGGCUCUAUGUUGGAUUCUGGGCAACCAUGCCUCUGGUUGGCUGGGGAAACUAUGCUCCCGAGCCAUUUGGCACAUCUUGUACAUUAGAUUGGUGGCAAGCCCGGGCUUCAGUGAGAGGGCAGUCCUUUGUCCUCUGCAUACUUUUCUUCUGCCUUGUCUUUCCAGUAGUCAUAAUCGUGUUUUCUUACAUAAAGAUCAUUGCCAAAGUAAAGUCAACCUCCAAAGAAGUUUCCCAUUUUGAUGCCAGGAAUCAAAAUAGCCAUGUACUUGAAAUGAAACUUACAAAGGUGGCGAUGUUGAUUUGCACUGGAUUCCUAGUUGCUUGGAUACCUUACGCUAUUGUGUCGGUGUGGUCUGCGUUUGGUGACAAUGAAAGUAUUCCCCUUGAGCUUACAUUUGUGCCCACAAUGCUAGCAAAAUCAUCUGCUAUGUACAACCCCAUCAUAUAUCAGGUGAUGAAUUGUAAAGCUAAAUGUAUGGCAAUGUGCUGCAACAACAGACAACGUGAAAAGGAACAUUUUCAAAAAUCCAGGCUGUAUACAAUUGCUACAGAUACAAGGUCAUCCACUCUGAAACUGAAAGCAUCUGAAGGACUAAAGGCUGGAAAGUAAAAUGGAGUGACGUACAUAUACAGAAUUUUGAAGGACCUUAAAAUCAAGAACUGAAUAUAAAUAUCAACUGCUGCACAAUUCCUGAAAAAAAUAUUUUAGCAAAUGUAAAUAUGCACUUCAUUUUAAUAUUGGUUGGAAUAGUGUUGUGUCCAGAGCAUAUCUGUUCAUCACCAGAUGCUUUUUGCCCCUGUACUUGUGUUAUAUUAUGCUGCCUUUCCAUACACACACUGUGAGGCUGUCAAGUUGUUACUUAGAAUGAUUUCAAAAUAUGGCCACACUAUCAGUGUUACCUAUUAUUGACAUGUCUUUGUCUUUGUUUCACUAUGGUACUGUUGUCUUAGCAGUUGCCAAAAACUUGUACACAAAGACAGCCUAUUGGGUAGGGGUUACGCUGCCAUUCGCACUUCCUGAGAUACAGGCAGUGGAGUUUCAGAGGUGUCUGCUAUAGGUACCUAAGUUUCAGGUGUUCGAAGACUACUGUCAUGCAGCCAGGUUGUCAAGUGACUUGCAGCAUUCACGGGUUGCUGGUGAUAUUUGAAAUGAAAUAUGUUCAGAUGAAGUGUGGCAGCCAUGAGGAGACAGUACAGCAGCCACACCGCAACUGAACACAUAUUCAUAUUUGAGCAAGGUAAGUGCUGCAGCCUUGGGGAAGGAAUGUGAGUGGGGGUUGGAGUGAAGAGUAGAUUUUCAUAAAGCAUUCAGGUGAGGAUUUAGGUUUAGUGAGUGGGAGGGUGUAUUAGGGUUAGGGACUAAAAAAUAUUUAUGGUUAGGGAAUGGGAGGAGGGUAUUAGGUUUAGAAAGCAAUCAGGGAUUUCAAGUUUAGGGAAAGAGGAGUGGAAUUGUAUGUUUAUGGAUCAAUCAGAGAUUUUAGAGUGGGAGGGGGAGCAAAGUUUUAGGGUUAGGUAACAACUGGAUACUUUAGGUGUAGGAAAUAGAAGGGGAGCUUUAGGGUUAGGUAGUGGUCAGGGUAUUUAGGUUUAGGGAAGAGGAGUAGAAUUUUAUGGUUAGUGUUAGGGAAUGAGGACUCAAGUUAGGGUCAGGAACUGGGAAGGAAUAUUAGUAGCUCCAAUUGUGGAAAAGAUCAAAGAGAGCAGAUUACAGUAGUUUGGGCACAUGUGCAGAAAAGAAGAAAACAAUCUGGUGAAGAUGAUCUGGGACAGACAGGAACAAGACAAGAAGAAAUGAUGGAUUGUGUGAAAGAAGAUCAGCAACUGUCAGGUGUGUGUGUCAGAGAACACAGGAGUGUGGCAUUGAAUAAAGAGAGAUGGUGACACCUGACGUAACACCCUGAUGCCAUGUAGAAAAUGGGAAAAGUGGGGGUUGAUGACGACAGUGAUGAUGAUGAGUUAGAGCUCUACUACGGCUAUGCAGUUUAGUAGGAUCAGGCUGCUAGAAGUUAGGGAACUUAGCAUUUAGAUCACAUGGCUGUGAGCAAGUGUGUCAUGAGCUACUAGCAUGUGACCUCUUGUAGCAGGGAUACCUCACCAGGCUAGAUCAAGAGAUUCAAAACAUGGCCUCCUUCUUGUGUAUGUAGUCAUGAGUGUGGACUUUUGUGCAUGAGGUGUGCUUGUGUGUG